UUCGAAUACAUAUAAGAUCAUUUAUUUUUAUAAAAAUAUGAUCAAAUUUUAUUCUAAUUGUAUUUUCGCGUUAAUAGUCAUUCCUCGCGUACUAUGUACUGUUGAUGUAAGUUUGUGAAAUUUUCGGAGAAAGUAAACACAGCUUAUAAAAUGUGAUGACAUUGCAUGAAUACACCAUUCUAUUGCUUCAGAUUCAUAAGUAAAUGAUAAAGGAUGCCUCCUGUUAUCAAUGAAAGAAGAAAUGACAUUCUGGCAGGUUCCUUGGCAGCAUCAUAUUCAACCAAGAGUUCCUUAGCUACAAAAACUGAUGCAUUAAGGACAUCAAUACGUACAGACUUAUUGACAGGGGACCAGUUGAAAUCCAGUCUAUUGUCUUCACCUUUGGUAAAUAGACAUUCUGCUGAAAUUGAAGCAAGCAAGUAUGGUGUUAUAGGGGGUGAACGAAAGACAAAAAGACCAAAUACCUCACUGUUGAGCAGUCAGCCACUUUUAGGUGUUAACACUGGAUUGACACACAGGCAACCAUUGACGGGAAACCUCCAACUAUCAAGCAGUCAGUCUUCAGUUCUUAAACAGAAAGGGCUGUCAGGUGUAUCCCAUGUUACAGGAGGUCCAAACUUACUAGGUACAUCUACAGCGCCAUCUAGUCUACUCACCUCCCUUACUAACAAGCUGUCAACGUUGACUGAUCCAAGGUUGACUAACUUGGACACUAGAUUGACUAAUCAUGCUGCAACAUCAGGAUUGACAACACUAGAUACGAAACCCACAUCAAGUUUUGGUCAUGUUUCAACAUCAAGUUUCCUGCCUUCAACUGUCAUCAAUAAAACAUCAGGGAUACAUAACAAAAAAUCUGAGCCUAAGAUAGCCAACAAAAAGUCUGUGAGAAAUAAACCCAAGCAAGAUAAGACAAAAUCCAAGAAAGCCCCCUUGAAGAAAUUAGGCAAGAGGGCACACAAGGAUGAGAGUAUUGGAGCAAAGAUUGAACGCCCAUCGUAUAGUUUUGAUGAGCCUGAUAGGAAAGUACGUAGAGUUGAACGCCCCCUAUUUGUGCCCCCUGAGAAAGAUGUUCGACUAAUUGCUCCAGAGAAACCCUUGUAUGAUGUUGCUGCUAUGAAGCACUCUAUGCUUAAUGCCGUAAGUGCAUCUCUGAUCCGGGCACCUGACUUCAAAGAUCCUCAUGAUGCAACCAGGAAUGACCUCUCUCAUCGUGCUGACCUCAUUGCUGCAUAUGAUCCUGAGUUCAUACUGAAGGUGGCACUGUAUACCCGCUGUGAUCUGAACAUCAGAACAACUGGGAACUUCAUGCUGGCAUAUGCUGCUCACAACAAGUUGACCCGGCCAUUCUUACGACGUUACUACAGCUCUAGUAUACGCCUCCCAUCUGAUUGGAUAGAUGUUGCAGAGCAAUACCAGGCAUUCUUUUAUGUUGACCGCGACUUCAACUUUGGCUCUCUGCCUGCUGCGUUGAGACGUGUCAUGACUGCUAAGUUUGUUAAGUUUGACAAAUACCAGCUUGGUAAAUAUAACAAAGAGAGUAGUGGUAAGAAGAAAAAGAAAAAAGAGAAAAAAGAAAAACCCAAGAAAUGUGCUGAGGAUGCGGAAGAAAUAGACAGCGAAGAGGAAGAUGGUGAAGAGAAGGGUCUUGGUGAUUUUUUCAAACAGGUUUCACAGGUAUCAGAAGUCAGCGACACAGAGGAGGAAAUUGAGCGAAAAACCUUCACGUUGAAACAGCUUAUACGCAAACUGCACAUUACUGAACCUGUUGAGCAUGUUAUGUGCCUCAUUGGCAAAAGAUACCCUGAGACACCUGAAGAUUUCUAUAAGUGUCGUCUGCCAGGGACAUUUGAAGAGGAGAGAGCGGGAAAAAGGAUGAAACUGCCUACUCCAGAGACCUGGGAGACACAGGUCUCCAUGAAGGGCAACAAAGCCUCUACCUGGGAGGAUCUUAUUGAUCAUAAGAAGUUGCCAUUUAUGGCCAUGUUACGCAACUUACGUAAUAUGAUACAGGCAGGGAUUUCCCGUAAGCACCAUGAUUGGGUCAUCAAGAAACUCACAGAUGAAGGAGCUGUUACAAACAGUAGGCAGUUCCCUUUCCGAUUCUUUUCAGCAUAUGAAGUCCUCUCAACACUUGAGAACCAGUUUGAAUACACCCAACAAGUUCUGAUAGAUAAGGCCAUUGCUGCAACAUCAGGGGAUUCCACUAGAGGGCGUGGUGGUGCCACAAGGGGAGGUAGGGGACGAGGCAGGGGUGGAAAAUCUGGAGGCAGAAAGGAAAAACCAAUAAGAGAGUUAGAGUAUGACAAGCAGCUGCUACAACGUUACAAGAAGGCUCUGGAUACAUCUGUGAAGAUUGCGACUGUGCACAAUGUUCAACCAAUCAGAGGCAGGACAGUAAUAUUUUGCAACAUGGGACUAAGUAUGGACAGACCUUGCACCUCAGCUAGAGGACUUGGCAAACCAAGAAAGGUGUAUGAGGUAGGUGUACUACUAGGUCUCAUUUGUAAAUACUCGUGCGAGGAGUCCACAAUGGUAGUGUAUGGCCUAGAGAACCAUAGAGAAGUGGAGUUAGAAAAGGGGACAGUGCUGGACAAUAUGGAAAGCCUGCUGGAGCUUUACACUCUGCUGAACUUUACAACAUCGAGGCCAGAUCAUGAUAUGUUUGCUGAACCACCUGAACCAGAACAUGCCGCAAUUCCCCAGAAAUACAUGCAUGAGUUACUGCGAGAUAGGGUCCAGGUGGACAAUUUUGUGAUUUUAUCUGAUGGCAUGAAUCUUGGCAGUGUUGAGGGAAGGCAGGUGACAGACUUCUUAGUGAAAUAUCGCCAGAUCGUCAAUCCUAACCUCUUGUUUGUGAGUGUCGACCUUAGCGGGAAGUCAUGUGGAUUUGCCAAGGACAUCCAACCUGGACAUGCUAAUGACAUAUACAUUGCUGGAUACAGUGAUGCUAUUCUAAGGUUCAUAGCUGAGAGAGGAGAUGGAGGUCAGGUGAACUAUGUGGAAAAUAUCCAUCAGGCCUAUGAACUCACUCCUCUCGCCACCACGCAACAGCAUCCAACUGACAUAUUGCUACCUGACCCUCAGAAACCUCUUCCUGUACCCAUACUAGCCCCCAGAUGGCGAUCAGCCAGAGUUUUCAUCUCAUCCACAUUCCGUGAUAUGCAUGGGGAGCGAGACUUACUGACCAGGUUUGUGUUCCCAGAGCUGAGGGCCAGGGCCCAGGAGCUGUGUGUCAAUGUGUAUGAGGUGGAUUUGAGGUGGGGAGUGACAGAGGAACAGACCCGCACCAAUCAAACCCUGGAGUUGUGUCUGUCUGAGAUCAAACGUUCUGACCUGUUUGUUGGAAUUCUUGGCCAGCGCUAUGGCUGGAUGCCAAUGAAUCUUGCAGUGAAUGACCAGGAGACAUCUGAUUGGCUGCUGGAGAAUCAUCAAGGCCAUUCAGUAACAGAGAUUGAAAUGUCAUACGCAGCACUCAGACACCCAGACAAGAUGGCUGACAGAGCAUUUUUCUUCUUUAGAAAUGAUUUAUCCGAAGAGGGUAUCCCUUCCAAGUUUCUGAAUGACUUUAUUGACAAGGGAAAUGAUACAAAGAACAAGAUGGAUGAGCUCAAGGACAAAAUCAGACACAGUGGACUCGAGGUGGAUGACAGCUAUCCUGCUGUGUGGGGUGGUGUGGUGGAUGGUAAACCAUUUGUUUGCCACUUAGAGCAGUUUGGAGCUAGUGUGUUGAGUAAACUUUGGGCUGCUAUUGAGAAACUCUAUCCUCCACAGGAUGAGACAAUUGAUGAAAUAUCCCAUGAGACCUCUCUACAUAAUGCUUAUGAGGAGGCACGCCGUAAAGUGUAUGUUGGACGUCAGAAGAUGUUGAAACAUGCCAUUGACUUAAUGGCCCAUAAGACGAAUGGUGUUGUGAUGGUCUCUGGUAAACCUGGAGUAGGAAAGACUUCCUUCAUGGCCAAACUCGUACAAUCACUUGCAAAUAAUAAAGCCAGCAGUCCCGGGCUGAAUAUUUUGACACAUUUCAUUGGAGCUGCCCCAGGGUCAAGUAGCAUCAACUCAAUGUUUAGAAGAUUUUCCUUUGAGUUGAAAAGACGUUUUAAUUUGGCUGGGGAUGUCCCUGAAGAUUCAAGCUCCCUCCCCAGUGUGUUCAUUGAGAUGACAAAACAGGCUGCUAUAGUCAGUGGACAGCCCCUGUACAUGUUCAUAGAUGGCGCUAAUGGGUUUGAUGACACACACCGGGCAAGGAAUAUGGAUUGGCUGCCAGAGACACCUAUUGAGAAUGUAGUAUUUGUGGUGAGUUGUCCAGAUGAGGGGGAGACAUACCAAGCGCUACAAAGACGCAGGGCAGAGAGUAUCAUCGUUAGGGGCCUAGAGAUAUUAGAUAAAGCAGAAGUUGUUCGUAAAACACUAGCCCUUCACAGGAAAUCACUUAGUGAAACUGCCUUCAACAAUGAGAUGAAGCUCAUAGUUGGGAAGAAGGAUGCCACUAGUCCACUCUACCUCUCUCUUGCCUGCCAGGAGCUAAGACUGCAUGGUGUCUUUGAAAAUAUGACCAGUAAGCUGAAGGGGCUUCCCCAAACAACAAAUCAACUGAUACAAGAGAUUCUCCACCGUCUGGAGUCUGACUGUGGCCACCAUCAUGUGAUGACAUCUCUCUCAUUGCUGUACAUCUCAAGAGCAGGUAUCCAAGAAGAUGAUCUCAGAGGGGUCCUGUCAUCCAUCGACAGACUUGGUUACCAUAGCAACACAUCCUUGAGUGAGAUAUCCAACAUAGAAGUGACAGAUGUGACAGCUGUGCCUCAAGCCCAGUUCAUUCACCUCUGGAGGUCUAUCAGUGACUUCCUCAACCCUGUGAAGAUUAUUGGCAAUGUUGAUACAAUUAGUGUAGCCAACAGCAGUGUUGCUACAGCGAUUCAACAAAGAUAUCUUAAGGCUGGUAGUGAAGAUAUGGUUACCCAUCUUCAUCAUGUUCUUGCGGGUUACUAUCAUAAUCAAGCAAACCCUAAUGGUGAUGGGUCUUGGUCUGGUAGCAAUGUUGCAGCAUUUAGAGAGCUCCCCUAUCAUCUUCUAUGUGCUAAGAUGUACCAAGAGGCUGAGGCUAUACUCUGUGAUUUAUCAUUCGUAGAGAAGAUGUGCCAGCUCAAUCUUGGUCAGUCCCUACUUGAUGGCUAUCACCAGGCUCUGGCAGCCUUUGCUACUAAAUCAGGAAGCAAGAUAAAAAAGGAUGACAAGUUGAAAGAUCACUUGGAUUUUGUCUCAAGAAACAUGCACAUCCUCGCAAAGCACCCUACUUUGGUGUGGCAGCAAGCUUUGAAUGACCCACAGACGAGUAAGUUAGGCAACAAGACAGUGUUGCAAGAAGCAGCCAGAAAUGCUAGACAGGGACUGAUGUUAUGGAGUAACAAGAUAGACACUCCAAUCCCAUGUACAAUGACCCUGUCUAACUUUAGCAAACCAGUUACCUGCCUAGCAGUGUCUCCUGACGAGAGGCAGUUUGCAUGUGGAACUGAGGACUGUUUGGUGAAAAUCUACAACAUGGCUAAUGGCAAAGAGCUGAUGACAUUAACUGGUCACUCUGAUGCUAUCACAAGUAUAUGUUAUGUUGGAGCUUCAAGACUGGCAAGUGCUUCUAAAGACAAGACACUCAGCCUCUGGGAUCUCUCUGAUGGCCAUAGAAUAUCUAAAAUGAAGGUCCACAAUCGUAGCGUCAACUCUUGUGCUGCAGAUAAGACUGGCAAACACCUAGUGUCUGUUGGGUGGGAUUGUGGUAUGAGAUUAUUUGAUGGUUUAACUGGAAAACUCCUACAUAAGGUCACAACAGGUGCAUCAACAGAGCAGCGACCUUUGAAUUGUGUAGCAUUCCACCCAGAAGGUCAGUUGAUUGUUGUCGGGAGCUGGGAUGGUGCUCUAAAGAUAUAUGAUACGUUCCAUAAAUCUAGGAAGGCAGUGCUUAGGGGGCACAAUAGCUCUAUACGUGCUGUUGCCUAUUCACCAUCAGGUUGCCAUAUUGCAUCUGCUGCCCUGGAUGGGGAGGUGAAAUUAUGGUCUGCUUCACACGGGACACAGGUUGGCACAUUGACAGGCCAUGCUCUACCCAUCAACAGUCUUGUCUAUUCCCCCUCUGGAGAACAUCUUAUUACAGUCAGUGAUGACCAAAAAGUCAAGGUCUGGUCAGGUCACCUUGGGCAGCCUGUUUGCCAUAUAGGCCAUAAAGAUGGUCCUGUAACAUCUCUAUGUUUGUCACCAGAUGGCGAGACUGUUAGUGCAGGGUACCAUAGUGGUAAAGUUGUGGUCUACCAAGCUGUAACAGGUAGUUUUGUAUGUGAGAUAAAGGGUAGAGGAGUACCAGUGCGGGCGCUGAAAUAUGCAAGACGUGAAGAUCUACUCUUUAUAGGCUCUGAUGAUGGAAGCCUCGUUCAUCAGGGCAUUCGUCUGAACAAGGGUACCUCAACAAUUCUGGAAGAUGCUGGCUGUAUAUUAUGCAUAGCUACAGGGAACAGAACUGUUGCUGCGUCUACAGAAUCCUUCAUGACAUAUGUGUGGCGAUUUGGUACCUUCUCCCACCCCUAUACGUUCCAGAAGGUGAUGAGGAUAGGGGGUCACAUUGGUCCUGUCACUUCAUGCUCCCUUAACUCAUCAGAGACAAAUAUUGUGACUGCCAGUAGGGAUAUGUCAAUGAAAGUUUGGAAAAUUGAUAAAUCCACGAUUCAUCCUGAGAAAUCGUUUGACUCCUGCCACUCUGAUUGGAUAAAUGGCUGUGUGUGGUCAGAGAAUGACCAGUUCAUUGUAACAGCAUCAAAUGACUUCAAUAUGAAAUUAUGGGACAUGAAGACAGGAAAGGAAAAGAAAAAAUUUACUGGUCACAUGGCUGCUAUUAACGGAGUUGCAUAUAGUUAUGGUUGCCUUGCGUCGGCAUGUGCUGAUGGUUCUGUAAAGGUCUGGUCCCAGAAAGGCAUAGAGGUCACCACCUUACAUGGGCACACACAGAGGGCCAAUGCCUGUGAUAUAUUUGUGAAACUCAAGAAGAAAGAAUCCAAAACAGAGCGUGUAUCCAGUGAUUGGGCCAUGGAGAUGGACGCACAUGAUUGGAAGGCCGAACAUGACAAAACCAAACUUGACAAACAAGAUGUGAAAAUUGAUGAUGUCAUAGUAGCGUCUUGUUCUGAUGAUGGAACUAUCCGGAUCUGGCGUCCUUUACAGGGUAAUGAAGUGGCAACUCUUAUUGGGCAUUCCAACAGAGUAACAUGUGUGGCAAGUACAGCAUCCAACUCCCUAUGUACUGCCUCCCUAGAUCUCAGUGUGAAGCAGUGGAAGCCUGCACUUGUGGCAGUCCCCAAAUCAGGAGAGACUCACAUUGGGGAAGUGACAAGUGUGUCAGUGUCAAAACUCUGCAGUGAUCACCAUGGUAACAAUGGAUACUAUUUACUCUCCACAAGCAGAACUGGAGAAGUGAAGAUCUGGUGGCUGUGUAACUAUGACAACACACUAGGUGUCCCCCUCAGAAGAGAGCUCAGACACUCAUUCAAGGCAUCUGACAAGUCUGUGAACUGUUCAGUGUUUGGUGAGAAGAAAGAUGGACGUUUGUGGUUUUUAGUUGGUACUGACUGUGGUAUGAUCUGCCUAUAUAGCAUGUCUGCUGACCCCUCCCUCUCUAGUGCCCUUGAUCUAAGAUUAUUAGAUACUUCAAGGGAAGAGUCUCCAAUUACCAGUUUGGAAUUGUUCUCCUCAGGAGGUGCAAACUUUGUACUAGGAACAAUGUGGCAGGGUGUUGUAACACGACGAGUAGAUUUCCCUUACAUCACAGGAAAACCUACAUAUGACAUGCAUGAAGACUGGGUGAUAGCAGGAUAUUUAAAGGACCAACUCUAUGUGACAACAUCCUGUAAUGGAUCUAUUCAGUCUAGUAAACUAAACAUUACUUCUAAAGAACAGAAAACACUCGUUGUGAUACCUGACGAAGAUCUGAGCACAGAAGACUCUCACUCUGGUUCUAUCCCAUGGCUAUUGUGUGCAACUAUGAACAAGUACAACACCUUGUGUGUCGGUGACUCAAAGGGACAUCUACAUCUAUUCAAAACCAAUAAAGCUAACAAUAAGGCCACAAUCCACUCUGGUGCAGUGACAAGUGUAGCUUUGUCUGGUGAUAUAAUGUUCACAGGGUCAGCUGACUCUACUGUAAAAGCCUGGCACUUCAAGGACAGGAAUUCAUACAUUCAGGUUGGGCAGUAUUUCUGUCAGUCACCCAUUGUUUCCAUGGCAAUCAUCCACGAGGGCAGUGCCAGUGUUCAUAUUGUAAUUGGUGACCAACAUGGGAAUGUAGACUUCCUCCAGUGGUCAUUUACACACAGAACAAUGAUGCCCUAACAAUCUGGAUUGUGCUCAAUAUCGACUUUUAUGCAUAUAGAAAUUAUUACAUGUAACGUUACAUGUUACAUGUAAUUAUACGAUUUAAAAUCGUUUAAAUUUAAAUAUGAAUUGAAUAUAGGGGGGGGGGGGCAGAUGUGCUUUGAUAAGUUUUUUAUAAUUGGUCUCUUCACCUGAAACUUUCUAGCUCUUCUUAGAAUAAAGAAGAAUAAAUUAUGUUUCAGCGAAGAAUUGUGAUUCUGACCCCCCUAGGAGGAAAGUUAGAACUGGUCAAAGUUACUGAUAUGCUGAAAAUUUCAGAAGGUUUGACUUGAAAGGAUAAACCCCUAUGGCAGAUCUGCUCCCCCUAACCGUUAGUGAAAUUCACUAUAGACUAAUUGUUCAAGGGUUAAAUUGUGUUGAUCAAAAUAAGAUAGCUGCUGUUUUAAGUUAAAUCUUAGAAGUCCCAUGAGAUGAAGAAAAUACUUUGUACAAUAUGGUAACCUUAACCAAUUAAAUGAAAUCAAAAGUAGUGUUUGUAGAAUAGGAAUCUGUAUUUUAUUUGGCUCUGGAUUAGUCUGUAAGACCCAGCACUAAGGAAAACUUCCUCUCUGUGCUGUGUCAAUGGUGUCAUUAAGGUUAAUACAGAAAUCUGCUAUCCAAGUACACAUAUAAAUUGAUAUACAAAAUGAUUUUCAGAUUUAUAUUAUAUCCUUAUAUGAUAGGUAUUCUUAGACUAGUUCUAAAUCAGUUUUUGUUUUUGGUCUUUACAACCAAUGUUGUACAUAAAGUGGAUAUUCUUUCUAGCUAGCUCCGUGUUCAUGUUAUUUAGAACCUGUUUUAAUGAUCCAGACUCUAAAAUGUUAUGCAAUAAAGAUGAUUAUGAUUCAAUAUUAAGGUGAUAAUUCAAUACACAUUCAUUUCCAAAAUGAAAUUCAUAAGUUUAACUAUAGUUUAAUAUUAAUCAAAUAUCAUUUAAUUUGAAAUUCCAUGUUUUUCAAUGGAAAAAAGAAUGAAAAUGUGGUUGAAAUAAAAGAAAUAUUACAAAAACUGCCAGUAGUUUGAUAAUUCAAAUGCAAAUGAGGUAUAUUUAGUGAAAUUGCAAACAUUAGCUGAUAUUUGAGGGUCUACUUUAUGAUAAUCUAUACACAUUAAAUGAACCAGUUAUUUUCAUACUAACUGUGAUCGUAUGUUCCCCAUUAUGAAGGUACCACAAUCGCUAAAGCAAUCUAAAUAAAUUAUUAUUUUAAAAGUAGAAUGGAUCUGCAUCUUUAAAACAGUAAUUUCUAUAUGUUUAUAUACUCGUAUUAAUGUAACUUUUUACACCGCAGGGUUAAAUUGCUUUGUAACGAAAGAUUUUGUGCCUUUGUCAAAAAUCCUGAAGCUUCUGUAUCAAAAUGCUUCAUAACAAGUCAAUUAAACAUGCUGAGUAUCUCUAACCAAUGGUAAUUGUCCGUUUAUAUCAACUUUCUAUUUACAAGAUUUAGCCAAAUCAGCGUUUGUUGGUUGCAACCUUACUCUCCCUAUUGAAGGUAAGCUUAGACCAACUAACUAACAUAUUGUUACACAUUGUUUUAUAAAUGGAAUAGUCAUUUACAUUUUCAUAUUCUAUCAAUUAUGAAUAAAUUUUGUAUUCAUUA